CAUUCAUUUUCCGGUCUGUUUGUAGUCUAAAAAUAGGUACAAUGUUAUAUUACAAGAAUAAAUGUGACAAUAUUUGUUUGCUUUAAGGCGUUUGAUUAAUAAUUCAAAAAUAUUGAACGCACAGUGAAGCUGUAACCGGAAAUAGUUUGGUGCGUUAGGUAGUCCUGCCGGGAAUGUCGUCGUCAUAAACCCAAACGGGCAGAUGCUCAAGCCGAAUAACCUCGCUCGUCGCCUUUGCCCGGAACAGAACUGUCAUUUCAGCGUGGGGCCUAGCAUGGAUGUUGAAGAAUGCAAUGGCCAGUCUUACAUGUCAGUUAGCGGGGACUCGUCAAUGGAAAGAGACUUUUCAGGAGGUCCUGGUGGUCCGACAGUGAGUACCCCAAACAGCAAGGAAACCUCUCCUCACCGCUCCCUCAGUGCCAACUCCAUUAAGGUGGAGUUGUACAGCGAUGAAGACCCCGGUCCGAGUAAUGAGGACGAGCGCGUGGAGCGAGUGGAGGAAGGAGGUCCGGAUCAGGGGCCAACGGAGGUGGCGGGGGCUUACAGGGAGCUGUCCAACCACGAGGGCGUCAGGCUGCCCAACGGGAAGUUGAAGUGUGACAUCUGUGGCAUGAUCUGUAUCGGCCCCAAUGUUCUCAUGGUGCACAAACGCAGCCACACGGGUGAGCGCCCAUUCCAGUGUAAUCAGUGUGGCGCCUCCUUCACUCAGAAAGGUAACCUGCUCCGUCACAUCAAGCUGCACUCUGGAGAGAAGCCCUUUAAAUGUCCUUUCUGCAGCUAUGCCUGCAGAAGGAGAGAUGCGCUCACCGGCCACCUUCGCACUCAUGCUGUAUCCUCUCCGACGGUGGGGAAGCCGUACAAGUGCAGUUACUGCGGUCGUAGUUACAAGCAACAAAGCACUUUGGAGGAGCACCUGGAGCGCUGCUACAACUACCUGCAGAGCGUGGAGCCAAGGCAGCCCAACAGCGCUCAGAAUCCAGGUGAGGAGAUUAGGGAGAUGGACUUCAUACCAGACUCCCCGCUGCAUGCCUCCUCAGACAAGAUGACUUUUAUCGAUCGGCUCGCCGGCAGCAUCACCAAACGCAAAAGAUCCAUGCCUCAGAAAUUUGUAGGACAGAAGCACAUUCAUUACGAUGACGCAGACUCGCAUCCAGGAGACGUGGAAGUCCUGCACGGUCCCAGAGGCGAAUACGGCCCGGGCGGGGGGGCGGUGGACACGCUUCAGCCCCUCCAUCUGCCCAGCGCUCACCCUUCCUGUCUCUCCGAACUCCGAUCCGUCCACGCCGCGGCUCACAUGGCAGGCGCGUUUGGCCUCAGGCUGGACCAAACGGGGGUUGGGGCCGGGCCGGGGGCCGCUGGGGCGGGGAGGCGGGAGGCAGCAGAGGGCCACGAAGACCUCCCGGCGGGGCGAUCCUCACCCAGCAACGGUUGCCAGGACUCCACGGACACGGAAAGCAUGCCGGACGAAGCGUGCAGCAGCAACAACGGCCAUCUUCUGCCCAACUCCAGCGACCACCACGCGGCCCCCGCUCCGCACUACCGGCACAGCCCCACCCACGCCAAAGACAGGGAGGUAAAACGGGAGGACGGAGGUCAGGCCGCCCCCCCUCCCCGCGGCCCGGCCCCCGGUUCCCCCACGGCGCCCUCCUCCACCUCCAGGGAGAUGCUGCGUGUGGUGGACGGCGAGGGGAGAACUGUCCGCUGCUUCCGCUGCGACCACUGCCGCGUGCUCUUCCUGGACCACGUCAUGUUCACCAUCCACAUGGGCUGUCAUGGCUUCCGUCAGCCCCUGGAGUGUAACAUCUGCGGCCACCGCAGCCGAGACCGCUACGAGUUUUCUUCACACAUCGUCCGUGGGGAGCACAUCCUGGACUGAGGGAAGGAUGGACGACGAGGACCUGGUCUGCUUUGGUCUGCAGAGCCCUGAAGGAAGGCAUGUUAUUGUUUCACAAGCACUUUGAACACGCACUUUCCCCCCCCCACGUGUGCCUUGCUCCCGAUUUCAGGAUUCACACCCGACGCACAUACGACACCGACCCAACCCGACCUGUCAGCUGUCAAGCACUUUACCUUCCCAAAAGACUUUAGGAUGACUCCUCCCUCCUCCCUCCUCCUUCCUCCUCGCUCUCCUCCAAGGCGGAGGAACCGGCUGUCAAUCACGUGCACACCAAGACCAAGCGCCAGGUCCAGGUCCUUCACAUCUUUCAAGGAAAGGUUUGGCUCGUCACCCUCAGUCCUCAUGGGAGACAUCAACACGUGUUUCUCUGAAGAUGGAAAAACAGGCAGCUGAACCUGAUGGGACACGCCCAUUCAAACACUUUCUAUCCAUGCUGCCAGCGUGUCGUAACGGCUAACUGUGUGCUAACGUGUCAUACGUGUACAUCCUUGUACUUCCUUCCUGGUGCAUGGAUGUCACAUGGCAACAUAGGUAACGGCCUGAGGCUCUG